AUCAUUACUUCCCACGCUGUUGACACAGAGCAAAGCUGCAGCCAGCCCAGUUCCUUGCCCAUCUGCGGACGGCAAAUCCAGCAAGGCAUCGAAAGCUGACAGGGACGUGCUGCCAUGAUCUCUAAGCUAGUGACGCUCCUCUGUCUCAGUAAGUAUCCGGUGGAAACAUGUUGGGACCAUAGAAAACAACAGAACUGGUACGAGGUUUGGACUAAGGACAGGAAGAGAAAAGGGCUAUGUGCUGGCCAAGGAAGCAGGGGGACUGACGAGUCCCUUCCCAAGCCCUCCCUCAGGGCCUGGCCCAGCUCGGUGAUGCCUCGCUGGAGUAAUGUGACGCUGCAAUGCCAGACUUCUACCAAGAAAGUCAACUUUGUUCUCAGAAAGGGAAAAGUUCCUUUGGAGUCUGUGCAAUCAUGGAUUUCCACAGAUGGGCUGGCUGAAUUUCAACUCACUGACCUACAACCCAGAGAUGCUGGAGCGUACACCUGUGACUACUACAGACAGCGGGCCCCGCGCACGCGUUCAAAGUCCAGUGACCUCCUCCUACUACUGGUGACAGGAAGUUUUCUUAAACCUUCCCUGCAAGCCCACCAAAGGGGUGAGGUGACCGCAGGUGACACCAUGACCCUGAGGUGCCAGACGCCAGCCAAUGUUUAUGAGACUAUAAUGUUUGCUCUACUGAAGGCGGGAGCAGCAGGGCCCAUUCAGCUCCAGGGUCCAGUAGAGAAGGAGACAGACUUCUCCCUCCAGAAUGUGACAGCUGGUGACACUGGGAACUACAGUUGUGUGUACUUCCAGACCAGUGCUCCUUUCUGGGCCUCCGAGCCCAGCGAUCAUCUGGAGAUCUGGGUGACAGCUCCACCAGGGGCCGAGUCGGAGGACUACACCUUGGGCAACCUCAUCCGACUGGGUCUGGCUGCCGUGAUUGUGGUGAUUUGGGGGGGCUCUCGUGGCGGAAGCCUGGUGCGGCCAGAAGGAGUCUCCACGUGGAUCCACAUAAAACAGUCUGUACUGCCCACAUGCCCCUGGCUGCCCAGGAAGGAUGAGCACUGGCGGGGAGCCCUGCGGAUUCUGAGUCCCAUGGAACCUGCACUCUUCGCUCUAUGAAGAACCACUCGUGGACAAGACUUGGCUUCCCUCUGCUGCAGCUUCGCCUGGGGCAGAGGACAGGCUGGAGCCUAAAGAUGCACCUCAUAAAAUUGGAGGACCUAAAAAAAUGCUUAAAGCUUCAGAGUCAGGCUGGGUAACCUGUGUCAUCACUUCCGUAGGAACUGUCAUUCCACUGAGAAGUGGGGAAAACACUGUUUCCCGCAUUUCCAUUACUGACUCUUCUCCAUUCUCUAUUUCGUGCUUCUGGACCAAUGAGUUGGGUAUUUAAACUUCCAUACUCAUCGCACAUGUCUUUUGACUUUGGUUUCCCAGAGUCCCAACAUUCCAGCUCAUUUGGAAGACUUCCUCUCAGUUUCGUGGCACUGAGCUGCCCCAGAGGUGCACCCGCAUGACUCAUUUCCUGGUGCAGCUGUAAAAUGUUCCACAGUAUUUUCACGUUCAAGAUCUGUUGUUUGUCAAUAAUCUUGUUCUUUUUCACAAAUACCCCUUCUUACUUUAGAGCUGGUAUCGCCUCCCUUACAACCCGAGAGAGACACUUAUAAAAACCCAGCUCUGAUCAGAGUAGAAA